GAUAGUCUUCGCAAUCGCACUGGCUGACCACAGAGGAAAGGAAUCAAGUUUUACUUGACCUCAAAUCUUCAGGAUGGUCUGAGUUAGGUGAAAGAGAUGCCAUCUACAAAGAGUUCAAUUUCAAAAAUUUUAAUCAGGGGACAUAAAGGAAAUCGGCAGCAUCAUUCCAUGUCAUACAGAACAGGCUUUUGGAUUUAUGACACGAGUUGCUCUGCAGGCAGAAAAGAUGAAUCAUCAUCCUGAAUGGUUUAAUGUGUACAGUAAGGUUCAGAUAACUCUCAUUUCCCAUGACUGUGGGGGACUGACCAAAAGAGAUGUGAAGCUGGCGCAGUUCAUUGACAAGGCAGCUGCUUCUGUGUAGUAACUGAAUAUGGAAAACCUUGUAAAAAUGCUAUUCCUUUGAAAACACUUGAUAGCUAAACAAUAUUGCUUGGUCAAUGCAGUGAUCUACAUUCUCCACUGGGUCCGUCCCUUGUGCCUCUUGAGAUCCAAAUCCCCAUGUUGGUUACAUGUCCCACGUAGCUGAUAAAAAACCAGCUUUAUUUUGAACAGCCCCUUCUUAGAAAUUAAAAGAGUGUUUUAACAUUAAACACCAAACCCAGGAAUGCAAGUUACCAUUAUCCUACAAGACAUGAAAGCCAGAAGGAAACUUGGAGCCUGGCCAGAAUUAUGAGUAUUCCCCAAGUCCACAGUAAUCUCACCUAGUAAUGCAGCAGCUCUACCAGAGUGAGCCUGGGGUUGCUGUCAAGCGAAUGGAUCCUGUUCCUGGUGCCCAGCCAAGCAGGGCAUUUGGGUGACUUAUUUCCUCCUCUGUCCCUAUACUUUUGCAUGCAGAGAACCGCAACAGUGAGAUGCUUUUGAGAACCAACCCCCUUCUUAGCUGUACAUACAGGGCUUGAUCCUGUGAAUGGCUCAGUCACCUUGGCCCUGAUCCAGCAACCUGUGUAAGCACAUAAGUCACUUUACAUAUGUGCUCUGGGAGCAUCCCUGUACUUAUGGUAAGUAUGGGUUUCAGUGCUUUGCUGAACUGGAGGGUCAGGCGCUCAGCAUUUUACAGGAUUGUGCCUUUACCUUGUUACGACAUUUUUGUGUUUCAUUAGAGCUUGCAGAAGUGGUGAGUGGCUUCUGUAACACCAGUCAGUCCUGUCAGCAGCAGAGGCCACAUUAGAUUCUUCUAUGAAGCCGUAUUAGUCUGAAAGUUCUGGUUACCCAUUUUCUUACAGUCUCAGUAAUUUGUUUUUUAAUCUAAUUUCAAGGCCUCCAUGACUUGCCGAGUGGGUAGAAAACCAUUCCUUACAGUGACCCCAGAUUGUAAAGACUUGGUCUUCUUCUGUGAUACUGGCUCAGAUUGGAUUCCCAUGGACAGCAGUGGGAUUUCUGCCCAAGCAAAUACUGCAGGGACAGGCUCCUUCUUUGUAGUCCUGUUACUAUGUAUACCUAGCCUGCAGCAUCAAACCUGUCAGAUAAUACCUAAAGAAAGAUUGGCACCUUCCACCCCUGAAUCUAGGCAUUUAUUAUGAUGACACCAGAAGCACAGUUUAUAACUAGGAAACUAGAUCUACAUUGAAUGAUUGCUAAAGCAAUAUUUGGUCUACUUGUUGGAUUUUUGGUCUUCCUGAUAAUUUUGGAGGCACUUCCAAGUAGCUAAUACAGAAAUAUUCCAAUCAUUAAACUUUUAAGAAAUGAACAAUGCAUCCUUAACUAAUUCAGAGUCAUACAGUGAUAGACAACAGUAAUUAAUUUGUAGGAUCUUAAGGCUAAGAGUUACUUUUAGUGACCAUCCCUGGGAUAUAGGGUUAAAACUUAGAAGUGAGUCAAUUCUAGUUUUACGUGCUCAAAUACCAGUCUCUCUACAAAUGGUCUGACUUUGCCUGUAGGAAGCCAAGGAUUUCUUGGACACGAUUUUUAAAUGAUCAUUGCAACAAAGAAUUAAGCAAGCCCCCUUUUCCCCCUUUCCCCCCAAACCUUAAUUGGUGUAUUGUGUCAACCAUGGAUAAAUGAACAGUCAAGCCUAAAAGUUUGACAGUCUCUCUAAUGAGCUCUGAAAAGAGAUGGGGGAGCAUGUUUAGAAAAUGAUCUAUUAUGCAAAUACUUUGAAUAAAAACAGGAAAAUCAAAAUACCUC